AUGUCAGUUGGUAGUGCGGAGCCAGCGCAUAGCGUUGGCGUCGAUCCAUGGACUUCACAUGGGUUUACUGGCCAGGUGGAGGAGGAUGAUGAUGACACAACAGUUCCAUCGUUGAUCCCUGGCAAUGAAACCCAUGGACCUCUCUGGGUAUGCGCGAGCUGUGGAAGCCCUGACUGGAGGCGGAUGGGAGAUGGUUACCGAUGUUCUACGUGUGGCGGAGUUCAGUUCAUUGACCACAACAAUCGAUGGAAUGACGGCCUGGCAGGUUCAUGGAUUUUCGUGCCUUCGCAGGCGACACCACCUAGAACACCUUCGACCAAUGCCCCAGGUACGCCCAGCCAGAUGUCUGCAGCAGGAACCCCAGAUGGAGAUGGUUACGAUGAGCCCAAUCAUGACCGCAUGGCCGAAUCCGAGACUGCUACCGAUGAUCCGAGCGUGGACACUAUGACUUUGGCCCCUCGGAUGAGUAGGAGACAACGGAGACGUGCCAAGCGGACUGCGCAGGGAGCUCAACCAUCACAUGGUGCCCUUGGAGAUCCUCAAGCUGUUCGAGGUUCCAUAGUAUGCCCUGAUGGUAAAGCUGUCCCUAGCCGUAAAGUUGCACCUGCCCACAAAGACCAUCCUAGCUCUCAAGUAUAUCAUAAUUCCGGUAGUCAACAUGACCCCAAAGUAUAUGGCCACGAUCAUCAUCAGCUUGGACCUUCUGAACACCAUGGAGGGCAAGAUCAGAAUGGUGAUCCUUGGAGCCAACCAAUGAGGAGACCAUCAGAAACUUGGCGCGAUGACAUGCUGAAGAAUCUUUCCAACGCUGUCACCAAGGACAAGUACAGCGAUUGGAGCUUAGAAAAGGGACCAAGCCCUGGAGUGAAAUAUCGCUCAGGACAGCCGCCACCACCUCCGCAGUGGCACUACCAGAACUCAGACCUUAGAGCCUUUCAGAAGUGGAAGCGUCGCUUAGAUGUGUGGCGUUUGCAGGUGUCUCGAUACCUACCACCUCGUGAAGCAGCACUUCAACUCUACGUCAGCCUCAAGGGCGAGAUGGAGGAGGAGCUGGAAUGGGUGGAUCUGAGAAAGAUCGACUGUGACACUGGCAUUGAUUUCAUCAUCCAGCAGUUGGAAAAGCCCCUCAAGACUCGAGAGGUGUACGUGAAACGUCAAUACCUCUGGGACUUCGAGAAUCUUCAGAGGUCUCAAAAUGAGUCUGUGCGAAGCUUCUGCAAUCGCUACUACAGAUGUGAACGUUCACUAGCAGCUGUUGGAGUGAACAUCAAUGCGGUGUAUGACGAUGAGAGCAGAGGAGCGAGGCUGCUCGACAGGCUCCGUUUGAGCCUGGAACAGCAGCGCAUGAUCUUGGUCGGUACCAAUCAGAGCCUGAAUUUUGACCAUGUCAAGGAAGCUGCAAUCCUUCAGUUUCCUGAACACCGACCUGCUCCAUUCGUUGUGUAUCACAAGGAAUUCGACCGCAACAAGACCGACACUGGCAAGAAUGACCGCAACGACCAGCAACGACCACAGCAUGGAAAAGGAGGCAAAGGCAGUUCUGGAAAAUCAAACGCGAAAGACAAGGGCAAGGGCAAUUCUGGUCCUUCCUUCACCAAAUCCACCUACCUGACCGAGAUCCCUGAGAAUGAAGCCACCGAGAACGAUGGCGAAGAGGACGAAAAGGACAACCAGUCCGAAGCCUUUGAAGAUCAGGAGGAGGACGAAGACCAAGAGACACCAGAAGAUGAUGUGGAUCCAGAUCAGGCAGAUGUGGAUCUUGCAGCCCACUGUUUGACUGUGACAGCCCGCCGUUUGGCUGGUUUGAAGCUGGGAAGGAAGUUUUCUGGUCAAGGCAACAAGAGCAUCGCCCAGCGCAAGGCCGAUAGCCAUUGCUCUGCAUGCGGCGUCAAGGGACAUUGGAAAGGUGAUCCCGAGUGCCAGGACUCUACCAAUUCUACUUCCUCAGAUUCCAAAGGGAACAAGAAGGGGAAGACUUCGACUGGCCCACAAGACGGCGAUGCGAGCAAGAGCAAGAUCAAAAAGGUCAUGACCGUGACGCACAGCAGCGGCAGUCAGCAACAAGUUGAUCCUUCCAUCACCAACACCAAGACCUUUGGCACUUAUUUCACUUUCAUGGUCAUCAACCCUAACUAUGAGAUACAUCAGAUCUUUGCAACCAGCGUCAUCAAUUUCAAUCACUACCUUGUUUUGGACACAGCAUGUCAAAGAACUUGUUGCAGUCGCUCAUGGUUUACAUCCUGGCAGGCGUAUGUCGCGGACCAGAGGUUCCAAGCUAAGCUGUCAGAAUGUUGCGAGCCGUUUGAAUUUGGUCAUGGCCCCACUCAAUAUAGCACACAACAUGCAUAUCUACCAGUCAGCUUCUCCGACGAGAGCGAAACCACGUUCAGCCUGCUGGGAACUUGCAUCAUCGAGACUGCCAACGAUAUCCCGCUCCUAGGAAGCAACGUUCUCCUUGGCAAGAAGAUGCAAGCCACUUUGGAUCUUCCCAGGCAAGAAGCUUAUCUGGCAGCUUUUGCAUGUUCAGUACCAAUAGUGAUGAUCAAUGGACAUUUGGCAGUUGAUAUUGCACGUUUUCCUCAACAUGCUUCACGUAGUUUUACAUGGCAGCAGUUUGCACAACUUUCUGAUGAACAUGAUGCAGAUCCUGAGUUCAUUGCAGCCAACAUGCUCAAAGCGAGGACUUUGACUUCAACGACCCUGGAAGAUGCCGAGCGAAAUGGACCACACCCGUGCGCCACCACAAUGGCUCCAGCACUGGCGUCGCUUCAUGGCAGCACUCUUCCAGGCGCUUCUGCUCGCCAAGGUGAUGAUACAGGCAGUUCGCCUGCGAAUUCGCUCAAAGAUGUGGCUGCAAGCACAGGACCCAAUGGACCUGAACGAGAAAGAGAUGCUGUUCAAGAAAGCCACCAGCGCAUGCCAGCACGAGACAAUCCAGAGAAGCGGCAACAAACACGGCAGGUACUCCAAGUGCCUGGUGUGCGGCAAGAGAUGGGUGUGGGAAGAGUCAAGCCAAACAUGGACAGAGCCAAAAGCGUCAAAAGCGCCGCGGCAGCUGCCCUUACCAUCCUCGUCUACAGCAACCACAUGGCUGGACAAGGGCUACACCCCAGCAGCGUUCAUGGGCAUCCCGACUUUGACUCCGCAGUCGAAGUCCCAAGGUGCACGACCUUCUCAUGCCAAGAACUCCACACAGGAGAUGAUCCAAGAUCGCAAGCUGGUCCGUGGAGCCAGAGCCAAGUCCGUGAAGAGAAGCAGCCGCGCUCAGGAGGAGGAUUCGGAGGUCGACUGGGACCUGGUGGACGGAGCCAAGUCCGAUUGAGCAAAACUGGAAACACCAUCUGGCUGACCGGACACCUCCGAGCAUGCCAGAAACUAUAUGACCGAGAAGUCCAAGCAUAUGAGGCGUUGGCAACGCACUAUGACUAUAAGAAGGCCGGUGCAGAGGUUGACCUCUUAGACCUCGUGGAAGUGUUUGCAGGCAAGGCCACAGUCACUGCACUUGCACCAGCUUUUGGACUCUCAGCCAUACAACCAUUUGACAAGAUCUACGGCCAGGAUUUGCUUGAUCCCGAAGCUGUGAAGACCCUGCACAUUGCCAUCUCCAGGUACAAACCGCUGCUGACUUUGAUAGCAUGGCCAUGCACCGAGUGGUCAAGACCACUAGUGGAUCUGGGAUGCGACAUUGCAGAGGGUCAAAUGGAGGAGGACAGACUUUUUCUGGCAGAAAAUCCAAUCCGUUCUCGCAUUUGGAAAGAACCAAGGGUUGAAGAACUACGUCAACGUCCUGAUGUUUUCACUGUGGAGAACGAGGCCGGAGCUUUUGGUGCAGAAACCUCCGAUGGGCAACCAAUCCAAAAGGGCCACCGGUGGAUCACCAAUAGCCCUGAACUGGCUGAACUGCUUUCGUUCAAGAUGACCGCAGAGCAGAAGAUGUACACAACACCAGUUCAAGGCAAACAUACCAAAGCUUCUGGCGAAUAUUGUCUUGGUUUGGCAUGUGCGAUUCUAGAAGGUCUGCAACGUGAAGCUCGCAAACGCAAUCCACAACGCUUCCAGCAGACCAACAAGAACGAGGUCUACUACCUCUUUCCAUUCCAGAACACCUACAAGAAACCCUUCACCCUUGCUGAGAAGGACGACAUGUACAAACAAAUUGAACAGUUGGUGCCCUGGAAUCUUGCGCGCGUUCAGGUUGCAUGGACUCCACAAGCCAGACGCUGGCCAGAUGACAUCCCUUUCACCCAUAGAGGAUGUGCAUACCGCAGCAACCAAGGUGAAUUCUCCAUCGGGCACGAGGACAUGACCUCAGUCAACUUUCCCAAACAACGCUUCGCUCACCCUGUCAGAAUAGCCAUCUUCUUCUACGGCAAUGCUCCAGAGGACGGUGACCACGACAUGACCGACCUACGACAGGGAGAAGAGCAAUCGACAGAACGCGUCCCUGGCAUCAACACCGACAUCUACUUUGAAGGUGGACCAGCCAUUACGCGAGAGAUGAGAACCUCCAUUGCUCGACUGCAUUGCAAUCUUGGACAUGCACCAAAAGCCGAGAUUGUCCGCAUCUUGGCAGCUGCAGGCAAGCUCGACAACAAGAUUCUUGGUGCCUUAGAUGCGCUUAGAUGUGGAACUUGCAAGCGGCUGAGCAAACCCAUCAAGCCACCAACCUCUUCUACAGCGGCAGCAACAAGGUAUGCAGGUGCUUUUGGAGAACACCUACAAGCAGAUAUCAUUUUCAUCCGCUUGUUGGAUGGCUCAGCAUGCCCGGUUUUGGGUAUGACAUGCACGUCGACCAACUAUCACACAGCCAAAGCCCUCGAGAAUCGAACGCCAGACCAUGUGCUCCAGACGUUACAUGAGAUCUGGUAUCGACCUCUUGGGCUUCCAAUAUCAAUUCAGCUCGAUGCUGACACUGCGUUUCUGGGAGUGACCCAGGAAUGGCACAACAACCUCGGCAUUGAGUACGACAUCAUCCCAACCGAGGAGGCAUGGAAGCUUGGAAAGAUUGGUCGACGAAACGCCUUGAUGAGGACACUGGCCGAGAAGCUGAUCGACCAGAAUGGAGUAAUUGACAAGAAGCACCUCAACGAAAUUCUCGUUGCAGUCCUCCACAGCAUGAACAACAGCACCUACUCCUAUGGAAGAUCACCAUGCCAGGCAGUGUUCGGACGUCUUCCUCGACCAGUUGGAGACAUUCUGUCUGACGACAAGUCUCUGGCAAUCUCCACACAACCUCAUCCAGAACAACAUGCUCUACGCCCAGAACUGUUACGAGCCGAGGCACUGUCAGCACUGGCACAGUUCUCCGCUUCACAAGCAGUUCGACGCGCACUACUACGCAAAACCCGACAUCAAAAUGAUCCAAGCCACCUUGAACCUGGACAAGCAGUUGCCUUUUGGAGACAGAGUGCCGAAGCAAGACAGCACAAACGUGGAGCUUGGUGUCUUGGGCGCUUUCUGGCCAUUGACCCGGACAAGAAGCAUGCUUGGAUACAGGUCGGGAAGAAUUCCCUCAAGGUUGGAACAACACAACUACGCGAAGCUACAGGUUGGGAAUCAUGGACGCCAACCAAGGAAGACCUCAAAAUGCUCAAGCAAGCAGAAAACACCAUCGCAGCUGGACUGUGGCAAGAUGAGACCGGACCUGCUCCAGAUGAAGACGACACUACGCAGAUGGAAGAGGACAUCUUCAGACUGUCAAUGCCUCGGGCCACUACAACCACUCUACCCACACCAGAACAACAACAACACCACGAGGCCAUCGCAGACGAUGAAGAAGCAGAAACACCUCAACUACCACCCCCAUAUAACAUGGCCACCGUGACAGAAUUUGGUUCAAAUCCACCUACGCCACGAGGGAUGAGGAGACGAUCACGUACUCCAAACAACCGACUUCGACGACAACUAAGACCAGCGUCACCUGACUCAACCAUGGCACCAGCUGAUGACCAAUCACAACCACCAGAUGCCACAAUGAACGAGCAACAACACCAGACUCAACCAGAAGAUACAACAACCAAAAUUCAACCACAGCAAUACCACACCUACUACAACAAUUACUGCUUUGAGUACUUCGACAAUGGCGAAGUCGGACUGCGACCACCCGGCUUUGACGGAAGCCAUGACAACCACAGCACAAACAAGCCCUCCAAGCAAGCAUACACAGCAUACCUCAACAGCAACUACCGCAAGGUGGAGAUGAAGAAUGUCGGCAUCACCCACAAUGCCAACCAGGCAGACCAUAGCGAUUCCGACAGUGACCUCAAAAUCUCCAACCAGCGUACCAUGACGAGACAAGAGCUGAAACAACUUGACAGGGAGCUUCCCUGGAGAGAGAUCGUCGCCAUGCCCAAGAUGAUCCGCGACAAGUUUGUGGAGGCCGCAAUCAAUGAGUACAAUGGGUGGAUUGAAUGGUCAAGCAUACGACCGCUCACUCAGAAGGAGGCGAAACAGGUCUACAAUGACCCCAAGUUGAGGCGACGCAUCCUCAAGAGCCGAGCGGCAUACAGAGACAAAAGCCGCGGAGUUGGCGAGAUUCGUGCGAAAGCACGGGUCGUACUGAUAGGCUGCUGCGACCCAGAUUUGGAAAGGCUCACCAGAGACUCUCCUACACCUACUCGCCUCUCCGAGUGCAUUUUGAUGUCCGUGGCAGCUUCAGGAGCAAAUGGCGAUUUCAACAAUGAUGGCAGGAUCUGGCGACUUUGGGUGUCUGACGCAGAGAAAGCGUUCCUGCAAGGAGAUCAAGAUACGACCGAAAGGUCUGGUCAGCCACUCUACAUGCUCCCACCAAAAGAUCCCAUCAUCAUAGAGGCCAACGUUUACACGGCACCUCUGUAUUUGAUAACUUCAAAUGCAUACGGUUUGCCCAAUGCUCCUAGAGUUUGGUACAACAAGGUACACAAAACAGUGACCAUGCACAACUUCAAACAGCACUCCUUCGACCGUUGCCUAUACUACCACCUUGGAGAAGAUAACCUAUUGGACUGCCUCCUCAUCAUCCAUGCGGACGACGUGCUGGCAACCUACUCCGAGACUUUCCAGGUGAACAUUCUGGCGAACAUGUUUCAAUGGGGAAGCGUAACUCAUGUGAGUUUGGAGACGCCAGGUGAGUACCGCGGGAAGGAGAUCACAAUGUUUGAAAAAGAUGGCAAGAAGUGCUAUCGAGUGACGCAGAAAGCCUUCAUUUCCAAGCUGACGCCUGGAUCAUUGCCUACUGGUCGACUUCAAAAACCUUUGAAGCUGACAGAUGAAGAGCGCAAGGAGUUCAGAUCAGUUUGUGGAUGCCUUCAAUGGUUGGCUGGACAAUGCCGGCCAGAGCUUUGCGCACCAACUUCUUUGUCACACAAGGGCGCUGACACCGAUGUCCACGACCUGAAAGUGCUCUACGAAUGCCUGGACUUCACCAAGAAGACCCCAGACAGUGGAAUCGUGUAUCCAGCCGUGCCCUUGAACCGUGCCUCAACCUUGAUUGCCUACAGUGAUGCAAGCUGGUCGAAUGCUAGCAACUUCAAAUCGCAGUUCGGUGCUCUCGUAAUGAUUUGCCCUGCUCAGGUAAGUGAAAAGACCAGCUAUGGCUUCCUCGUGGACUGGAAGUCUGGCCGAACGCAACGAGUAUGCCGCAGCACACUUGCAUCUGAAGCCUGUGCAAGGGAUGAAGCUGCAGACAGAUGUUGCUUCACGAACCUGGUGCUGACUGAGCUGCUUUAUGGAGAACCAGCUUUUCGAGGUGAGAUGCGGAUGAAUUCAUUUUUGUGUACAGAUGCAAAAUCCUUGUAUGAUUGCCUGGUUUCAGAAAAUCCAGCACUUGCAGACCGUAGGUCAAUGGUCCAGGUCAGAUCCGUUCAGCAGAACUUUCCACCUGAACGCAUACGGUGGGUUCCAACGAGACUCCAGUUCUCAGAUGGUUUGACCAAAGCGGACCAGAAACUGCGAGAGGUCCUGGACAAAGACCAGCACAUCCGUCCUAUGGAGGUUCAGUUUUCAAGGCUGUUGACGGGUGCAUCCUUGGAAACACGCAAGACAACUUCCACAACGCUGUUUGGGGUCAGAAUAGUGUCGACUUCAGCUGCCUGCAAUGUCACAGAGGUUGAUGGAACGCCAACUCGCGAUUUCUUCACCUGCAUGAACAAUUCCUUUGACUACUCCGAGGAUCAGCUCCUGAAUGUGCAUGUUUUCAGCUCCCUCUACUGCUGGCUCUUCUACCUUUACCAGGCUCAGCUCUUGGAGGCUCGGAAGCGGCAAAGUAGAGAUGACAUCGUUUCAAAAUUGGAGCACUAUGGUGACAAGCCCAGAUGCAUUACCGGGUCUACUGUUUUUUCGACUUUCGUGCAAGCUUGA